UUCAAUCAAAAAAGUUAUAUAUAUAUAUAUGAUUAUUAAAAAAUGUUCGAAAAUUUUAUAAUCUAUUGGCAAUAUUGAAUCCUUUUCUAUUAUAUGAUAACUUCAAUAUGUCCGUACACGUGGUAUUGCGUUUGGAUAGGUUAUGAUACCUAAAGAUGAGUGUUUGUGUCCAAAAUUGUUUUAAGGUGCUAUUAUAAAAAAUAGAUAGUAUAUAAGAAAAACUAAAAAUAAUGUCACCAGUGAAUAUUGAGAUAAUGAGUGCUACAGAAAUAAUGAGUGCCAGUGAUGGACGAAAGAAACGAAAAAGGAAUAGAUCUUCUAUUAUAAAUGGUGUAGAAAAUGAACGAGUAAAUGGUGUUGAUGAAACAAAUUCAAAGGAUACUAUCAUUCAGAAUGAAAACUCUAUUGAACGACCUAAAAAGAAAAGACGUAAACUUUCAAAAAUACAUACGAAUGAUAUAACUGAGAAGAACGAUAAAACUUCUAUUGAAAUUAAAGAAAACGAGAAUGAAAUUUCUGAUGAAAAAGUUGUUAAAGUUAAGACAAAAGGACUAUCUGGAAAAUAUUUUAGGAAAGCUUUUACUUCUCCCAAUGGUUUUGAUGAAUUAAAAACAUUUGUAACUAUAUGUACAGAAAAUAAAAAAAAAGACUUGGCUUCUGAAUAUUUACUUGCUGGUGGAAAUAUUCUUGAAGUAUUGCGAUUGUUAGAUAACUCUGAUAACAAGAAUAUCAGCAAAGCUGCUACAGUGUUCACAGCAAUAAAUAUUUUAAUUAUGAAGAUUCUGGCAAAUUUUCCUCAGAAUCUACCAAGCGCAGAAGAGGCAUGUCGUCAUUUAAUUAAUUCACAUUUGUCUUCUGUAUAUUCGAUGCUGUCUACUCAAAGUAAUGCUAAACAGCAUAAAGUAGUUUUGAAAUUGCUUACAGCAAUUGUAUCCUUAGGUGGAACUCUUCCUAGAGAACUGGUAGCUCAUUUAUCUUUUCAACCUAAAGUCAUAGAAUCUCUUUUACACCAUGCAAAACCAUCAGAUCCAGAAAAUGUAAGAACAUGUUACAUUCACUUCAUUCUUGCAUUUUUAAUAGAAGGAAAUAUUACAGUUAUUAAAUCGUUAUUAGAUAAACGAGAUGUACUUACUAGCAUUUUUCCUGGAUUGAUUUAUGAUAAACCAGAAAUUAUCAAUUUAGUAUUGGCUAGUAUAAAAAAAUAUAUUUUAGAAAACCCCGGUAUUAGUAAAACAUUAAAAUUGUAUGUUUUUUGUACACCUAUCGUUCAAAGUUUGGUUUCCCUUUAUAAUUGGAAAGGACCAAAUAACUGGUCUAAGGGAAAACGUAAUAAAACUGUUACAAAAGAUGUCCCUGCAGAAGAAAAAGAGCUUGUUACUAAUAUAGUACAUAAUUUUCUAAUCACUUUGCUCACAUCUCAUCGACAUGGUAUAAUUUUUCAUGAUCGAACCAUUGGUACUUCACGUGACAAACAUAAUAAUCAAUUGAUAAAUACUGUUCUUCAGAGCUUAGAUCGCCAUUGGGAACAUAUAAAACCAUCAGAUUUAGUUGUAAAGAUAAUGGCUGCUUGUCCAAGUUUAAUACGAUCACAAUUAAGCUAUUUAGAAUCUUAUCUAGAACCUAGAGUAUCUAAAAAGUGGAUUUCUGUUAUGACAUUUGUUAAACAGAUAAUUGAAACAGUAAAUAUGGACAUGUGUUUGAAAACAUAUUCCCCUGAAUUAAAUAUAUCUCAAUUGACCAAUGCCAUAGGAUCAUUAUGUGUGCCGUCAUUAUUAAUAAAAGCUGCAAUUAUACCAUCUUUAAAUCAUUCUAGUAUUAUUGUACGGCAUGAAGCUAUGGAAUUACUUUUAAGUAUGAUAAAUCAGAUGAAGAAGUAUUUAUUAGCUACAAAAUCGUAUAAUAUGAAUAUAUUUGAAGUAAAAAAUAGUGUGAUGGAUUACAUCAUAAAGACUGUACCUAAUUUAAACACAAUAUUAAAAGUAUGGACUGAUGCUUUUACUACAACUACAGAUGUAAAUAAUUUACAAGAAGAUAAUUGUUUAUCUGAGCCAUCUAAACAAAACCAUUUUUCUACAAUUUUAAAUGUACUUCAUACAUAUAAUGAUGUAUGUCCAGAACUUUUGGAUAUAACAUUGGAUAUACAACCCAAUUUAUUGUUUUCUGGAUUAAAUAAUUUAUAUGAUGUGGAUAAUGAUGAAUUAAUUAUUUUAAGGAUUAAGGCAAUACAGUUUUUGCUUGCUUUAGAUUCAUCUGAAUUUGCACCAUCUAAAACGACAUUUGUAGAAACAUUUUUAUUUCUAAGUCUUCUUCUAAAUGAAAAUUCAUCUAUGAUUUCUUCAUAUGCAAAAGCAACUAUCAAAACGUUAUUAAAUGUAACAGGAAUAUUUGAAGGAUGUCAUGAACAAAUGGACAUAUGGAUUAAUGGUUUAUGCUAUGUACAUAAUUCUGUGGACAAAGCAGAGGUAGUAAAUUGGCUUAUUAAGCUCAUUAAAACUACUAAUAAACAUAUGGAUAAGUAUGUAAAUAUGAUAAUAACGGCAGAAGAAGCUGCUAAUUCCGAUGAGGUAAUAAAUGCUAAUACAUUGAAAAAUAUAUUUUACGAACUUUAUACUAUCGAAGAUAAAAAAGAAAAGGACAAAAAUAUUAAAAAGUUCUAUAUGCAAUCAGCUACAUCUAUUUCACCUAUUUUAUGUUGUGCAAUUCAUAAAUUAAAAAUGGCUUCUACUUCUGUCUUAUUACAAUAUGUUUCUUAUAUAUUAGUACAUACAAUACAUUAUCAAGUUAAUCCAGAACCUUUAAUAUAUUUGAUUACGGAUAUUCAAGAUUUACAAGCAGAAAAAUAUUUACUUAGUUGGUGUACCAAUAGUAAUCCUAUAAGUAUACCAAAAAUAUUUUCAUCUAUGAAUAUUAUGCACAAAUUAAGUAAAGCAUUAAUGAAAAAUUCUACAAUAGAAUUGAACAAACUGUUCACCGGAGAUAUUAAAUUAAUUUUUAAAUAUGAAAAUGAAGAAGUAACAAUAAAUCAUUCCUUAUCGACAUAUGAAAUUAUAGUACUGCAAAAAAUGAUUACAUUUUAUUUCACACAUGAUAUUCGUAAAAAUGAUUUAAAUGAAGUUAAAUUUAAUAAUUAUAAAAGAGUCAUAAUAUGUUUAUUAAAUAUAGCAAAUACCAUUAUGAUUGAAGAUAAUACUACAUUUGUACAAAAUUUUGUAAAAACAAUUUUUAGUCAUCCGGUAAUUUUACAAUAUUUUUCUUUCUAUCGUGAUGAGAGCGCUAUUGGAAGUACAAUAAUAAAUUUAAUUGUUGAUAUUUGUCAAAUAGUAAUUGAUGAAUAUAAGUUGUCUAUAAUUGAUUUACUUACACCAUAUAAAAACAAGGCUAUAAUACAAAUUGAAAAAGUAGUACAUGACAGUCAUGUUCAAUAUAUUUCCUCAUAUAAAAACAUUAUUAUGUUACUGGAACAAUUGCAACUUACUGCAGAAGAUAUUGUAGAUUUGCUUACUACAUUGUCAAAAGUGGAAAAAAAUAUGUUUAUAUUAAAAAACACAUCUAGUUUAUCAAUAUGUGGAUACAUUUUUCCAAAAUUAUUGCAACUUCUAUGCAAUGAAAAAAUCAGAUCUGUUCAUUCUGAAGUAUCAAAAUUAGAUACACACUUUGUUAAGAAAGCAUUUUCAUAUUUGAUCUUUUUGAAACAACAUCAUAUAUCAGAUAUUAAUCUAUGGGAAACAGCUUUACGAGAAUAUCUAUAUUAUUUCCCUCAUAAUAUUGCUGCUAUUGAUACAAAUGUAUUUAAAUCAAUCUUGAAAAAAAACAUUGAAGAUACAAAUGCACGAUUGAUCUCAUUUUUACUCAGCAGAAAUGUAACAUUUUUACCUUCAUUUAUACAAUAUGCACUUAAAUAUGAAAAUAUGAAAGAAAAUACAUACUUAUUAUCUAUAAUAGAAAAUAAUUUGAAAUAUGAAUGGAAAGAAGGUUUAAUAAAAAAAUUAAAUGAUUUUUAUAAGGAUGAAAUAUUACAUUAUAUAUCACAUCCCGCAGAAUCUAAAAAGUGGAUAGAAGAAAAUACAAAUGUUAUUUGUUAUAUAAUUGACAAUUCAUUUGAUUUAGAAACAUGUAAAAAUAUAUGCUACACUGUCCUACAAAUUGGUGAUCAAUUAAACAUGGUUCAUACAUGUUAUAUACACCUACUGAAGAGUUUAUAUUACAAAUAUGCACUUUUAGAGGAAAAUGAUAUUCAAGUAAUAAUGAAUUUUGUUCAAAUACUUUUUCACAUAAUUACAUUAACAUUAAAAAAGGAAUGUAAAAAUAUAGAGAAACUAACACUUUUAUGUGAAAAACUGAAUAGUACAAUCAAUCAUUUAAAAGAAAAAAAGAAUGAUUUUAUAUUUGAAGAUUUAUGUAAAAAUCAUUCUUGGCCUCAAUUUAUCCGUUUUUCGCUGAAGUUAGGAUUCUCAUUAACGAAGGAUAACAAAACAUAUCUACCAAUAUUAAAAACUCUAUGCACAUUAUGUGAUGUGAUAUGUAAAGAUGACAGCAAUAACGAUUAUGCUAAGACGAUAUUUGAAAUGGUUACUUCUCAUUCCGAAUUUGUUAAUACCAUGUUAAAAUCUUCUAUAAUAAAAAAAGAUGUAAUACAGUUGCUAUGGAUUCUCAUUCAGAAAAACAAGUCUGUAAUGAUAUCAUCACAUAUACCACUUUAUUUAGCAGCUUAUGGUGCUACCCUCUCUGAAACAGAUCAACUUAUUUUGCUUAUACUACAAUAUUAUGAACGUAAUAAUAUUAAAAUUAACGAAUACCGUCCAUAUUUGUGGGGCAAUGCAGCAGCAAUACAUUAUAGUGUCAAAGGUGAUGUAAGUACUGCACUUUGGAGGCAACCUUCUACUUUUGAAGUAUUAGCAUUAUUUGAGAAAGAAAUGGUCGAAAAUACUGUGAAAUAUUAUCCAAUAAAUAGAUCAUUACAGAGUAGUGAACUGUAUAAUGCAGGUGAUAUUUAUGAUCCAGCAUUCUACUUACCUUUAUUGUGUUACUUACUAUCGGAUAAUAAUAUCGUACCAUGCUAUAAAAUAACACAGAGCGGAGCUUUGGCUCUUAUCUUAAUGGCAUGUAGUAGCAAUCAUAGCGAAGUUCGUAUGGCGGCAUAUACUGUUAUUUCAAGAUAUUAUUUUCAUCUUGAAUCAUCAAGUUUCAAAGAAAAAGUUCUUUGGAUGCGUCUUAUCGAUUCCUUACGUAACGGAAUAUUAUCAACAGAAAUUAAUUUGCAAGAUAUGCAUAUAACUUGUUUAGUAUCUACAUUUUUAGCCAGAACAUCUAUAAUAGCUACUCAGCCAUUAAAUCCCCUUUAUUUGCCACUUCAUAAUUUUCUUAUGGCCAAGCCAGCAUUAAACUUAAACACAAUACCGGAAUUAUUACAAUUAUUUCAUAGUUCUGAUGUUCAUCAUAAGGAACACCGACAUUGGAUUUUAGAAACUAUUCGUGAUGGUAUCAAAACGGAAAGGGAUGUAGAGAUUGCAUGUAAAUGCAUGCUAUACAAGAUGCUAUUAGAUUUUUUUACUUGCUUGUUAUCAGAUAUAAAAACAAAGAAACUCAUAUUAGAAGUAAUCGAAUCGAGCACGAAAAUUCCUAAAUCAUGUCGUUUACUUAUACGAGAAUACGGAUUACUUUCUUGGUUGACAGAAACCGUAAUACGAUUGGAAAAUUGUGAUCCUCAAUAUCUAACUCUUUUAAUUAACAUUGUCUCUAAUAUUUUAAAAGCCCUAUUAUGGGUCAAGCAAGAAUAUGAUUCUUACAAAGUUUUGUUAUUAAAGAUUCUCUUAUCUUUGAAAACACGUUUCACUAUAGGGAUAAGUAUAUUCUCAUUCGAGCAAUAUAUUAUUCUUUUACAAAAAUUACUUGUAUCAAAGGAUUUAAAUAAUAUUGUAAGUAAAGAGGAUAUGAAAGAUAUCGUGAAUUUUUCUAAAAAUCUUAUUGGGAAAAUAGACGAAUACGAAAAUAUGCUAGAUCAUGGUUGUGAAUACGUUAAUAAGACAGAAACUUCAAAUAUGGCGAAUGAAUUAGAAGCAACGCGAACAAGUAUGCGAUCGUUGGUUUGGACAUGGUGUAAAUACAGAGUGAGAUGACAUCAACAAUAAACUAAUUUUUAUUGUAAA